AUGUCCUGGGACAGCAGACUGGAGGGUAGAUUGAGAGAUCGAAACCAGAGGUUUCUUCAGCAAUCCAGAUGUGAAGAGCUAAUGAGGAGGACCAAGAAGUAUGAUGAGGAUGGAGAGAGAUGCGCCGUCAACGUGCAGAAGGACACCGGCGAGUUUGCGGACCUGUACGUGCGGCGAAAAUGCUCUGCCAGCGGCCGCCUCAUCGGCGCCAAGGACCAAGCGUCCAUCCAGAUGAACGUGGCCGAGGGUGACAAGGUGACGAGCAGGUUCAACAGCCCGUUUGAAACCUACACUAUCUGCGUGGGCAUUCACAGGGUGGGGGAAUCAGAUGACUCCAUUCUCUGACUGGCCAAGGCCAAAGGCAUCCUCUCGAAGAACUACUGA